GAGCUUUAGAUUGAAAAGAGAAGUUCAGACACUCAGGAGCAUGAGGAGGUUUUUCAAAGCACACAGGGACGAGGACUACAGUCAGAUCCAGUACCUGACGGCCAAGUGCAACCGGCUGGCUCAUGAUAAAGCAGCGGUGGACAGAGAGUUUCUGGUUUCCAUAGACAGAGAAAGAAGGCUGCAGAAUGAUCUGGAAGUUGUGACAGCUCAACUUAGCCACCAGGAGCAGCUGAACAUGGAGCUCCAGAUGAAACAGGACCAGCUCAUCAGCAAGAUCCACCAGCAACAGGACCUGAUGGACCUGCUGCAGCAGCGGGUGGUCCUGCUGGUGGAGGAAAGCUCCCGGGACGCAGAGCUGCUGCGCCAGGUGGGCACUGAGCUGCUGUGUCUGCAGAGCUCUGAGGUGAAGCUGGAGGGCUUGGUGGAGGAGCUGCAUGCCGAGGCCCAACACAGAGCUGUAGUGGCAGAGAGCCUCCAGGCAGAGGUGCAGGCUGAGGCCCAGCACAGAGCUGUGCUGACACAGAGUCUGCAGGAAGAGCUGCGCAGUAAAUCAGAGGAGCUGGAGGAGCUACAAGACCUGAACCAAACCCUGACAGCAGAGCUGCAGGAUUUACGCUCCGCUCAUCAGCAGGAGGUGAGGGAGCUGCAGGAGGAGAAUCAGAGGAGUCUGGGGAAGCUGCAGGAGACGGCGGAGCAGUGCGAGUGGCUCUGUAAGCAGCAGAGGUACUGGAUGCGCUGCGUUAAGAGAUUCAAAGACUGUCUGAUGGAGGAGAGAGAAGCUUUACUGAGACAGGUCAGCGCGCUUCAAAAGAAGGCCGAGAAACUUAAGAGGAGUGAAGAUGAAGACCCCACAGAGAGCGCCCUCUGUCCUUUACAAGACUCUACGUGCACUGACAGUAGAUCAUCGUGGGAGGCUGAAGCAGUCGUAGACCUGGAGUCUCAGGUGAAGAAAUCAAACGCGCUGUGUGAGGAGCUCCUUAUACAGACGGGGAGCCCUAUCAACGGACACCAAAAACCUCCUUGAGGACAGACGCCUGGAGCCUGCGCUCGUCUUCUUUUUUCUCUUCCCACCUUCUGCUCACAGAGUAUGACUACUACAUGUCUGAGUGUGUGGUCAGAGUUGUGGAU